AUGAACAGUCUCCCUGCUAGCAGCAUCGUCACGGACAUCUACAAAUUACUUUCGUUACCCACGUUACCCCUUCCUCCACCGCCUGCUCCUCUUCUUUAUCCUGACACAAUCGGCGAUUUAUUGAACAAGGAGGUUCCACUUGAUCUCAGCAGCAAACCUUCAGCGACUUCCCCCAGCAGUCCACAGAGGAAGUGCAAGGUGGGCCAGGCCAGCUCUACCUCUCAUCCCCACCUGCAUCAUCCUCAUCAUCACCACCACCACCACCAUCAUCAUGCAUCUGGGAAACAGCCCAUUCCUCGGUGCUUUGAGUGCAAAAGAUUGUUUCCUUCCCUGUGGGAACUAAAUGCCCACUUUUUGCGGGAACACCAGUCUGCCCUGCAGAAGGAACUCACGCAGAACCGAUCUUGGAAGACCUGCUCCCUGGAGAACAUACCCAUGCAUCAACUCCAGUCAACUUUACGCAAAGGCGCUGUUGAGCGAACGGGUUAUCCCUGUCCGCACUGCGACUACUUCGCAAAGUGGCCAACAGAACUCCAAAAACACAUUAUGGUUCACUCGAAGGAGCGGCCACAUCAGUGCAUUAUUUGCGGUCUAACGUACAAGUGGAAAUGGGAUUUGGGCCGUCACUUCGACAAAUCGCACAAUCACACAGUGAAUCCUUACAAGAAGACCUGUCUGUCAGUUAAGGCAGCAGCGACUUCGCGGCACCAGCAGCAGCAGCAGUCUUUGAAGGCCAAGAACCGCCUUGGCACGAGGCCCUGUGGGCGGAAGGAGGCGUUGGGCUCGACCACGAUCCAAAAACUUCCUCGAACCAUCUUCCCACCGCCGCCACUGUCGACGUACCUACCUUUCCCACUUCAGUUUGGCUCAUUCUUUAGGUGUUAG